AUGAGCAUCAUGAACUCCUUCGUCAAUGACAUCUUCGAGCGCAUCGCCGGCGAAGCUUCCCGCCUGGCUCAUUACAACAAGCGCUCCACCAUCACCUCCCGGGAGAUCCAGACCGCCGUCCGCCUCCUCCUGCCCGGAGAGCUGGCCAAGCACGCCGUCUCCGAGGGCACCAAGGCCGUCACCAAGUACACCAGCGCCAAGUAA